AUGAAUUCACCCAGAAGUUUGGAUAGCAGCGAUGGUAGUCUUGACGGUAGUGGAUUUUGUGGUAGUACUAGUAGUGGCUUUACAAGCAGUGGAUUUACAAGCAGCAGUGGUUUCAGUGGUAGUACAAGUAGUGGUUUAAAUAAUAUGUCACUUGAUGAUGAUGAGGCAAAAAAAAAAAAGAUAAGACAAAUGCAAAAUAGACAGUCGGCUGCCCAAUAUAGAGAAAGAAAAAAAGAAUAUUUGGAAAAAUUAGAGACAAUUGUAGAUAAUUUAGAAUCUGAUAGAAAUCAACUACUUCAACAAACUAAACAAUUAACUAUGCUACAAAAUGAAAAUUAUGUAAAAAUUACACUAUUGGAGGAACAAAUUGAAAGUGCCUUAAGAGAAAAUAGUGAUUUAAAAAUUAAACUUUCAGACUUGUUAGGAAAAGAUUAUCAACAACCACAACAACAUCAACCUUCACCACAACAAUUACAAUCACCAUCACAUCAUUCAAUUCAUCAACAACAACAACCAUCACCACAACACCAAUUUUCAAAUGGUUUAAAUAAUGCUGGAUUUUAUAAUCAUAAUAAUUCUUCACCAAGCACACCAUCAUGCUCAUCACCAUCAUUUUUAGAGGCAAAAUACCUUUCAUUUCAACCAAUGUCUUCAUCAUCACCAACCUCAUCAUCACCAUCAUCACCAAAUCAAAAUGUAAAUAGAAGAAGUAGAUUUAAUAUAGGUGAAAGUAGAUCCAUUUUGAAUCCAAUCUCUUUAGAAAAUGUAAAUAAUAAUAACAAUAGUAAUAAUAGUAAUAGUAUGAAUAAAAGUAAUAUAAGUAGUGGUGGUAAUAGUAUGAAUAGUAGUGGUGAAAUGGAAAUUUCAUUCUCUGGUAACCAAAAUGAUAUUUAUUCAUCCCCUCAUUCUCCAUCUUCAAGAUCAGUACAACCAAAAAGACAAAGAGAAUUAUUAUUGCAACAACAACAGCAACAACAACAACCAAAUGGUAUGAUUUGUGAUCCAUCAUCACCAAAUACUUUUAACAAUAGUACCACUUAUACACCACCAUUAGCAUCAUUUACUAGUAUACUUUCAAUUGCAUCAUCACCUUCAUCCUCACCUGUAAUUUCGUCAUUAGCUCAACUUUCCUCCUCCCCAAAUUUUAAUGGUAAUUCAAAUUAUUUUGAAAGUAGUAAUAAUAAUAAUAGUUUUGAUAAUUCACCAUCAAGAAGAUAUAAAUUUCAUAAUUCAAAAGGAAUUUCAAAAUAA